AUGAAAGAAGUAUAAAUACACAUAGAUACAUUUUAAUCAAUCAUAAAUAUAAUAAAUCUAUAGUAAAGAAAGCAAAAUAAGAAGAGAAAAGAAAAUGAGGAUGAAUAUUAUGAGUGUGGUGUGGAUCGCGAUGCUGCUAACGGCGUUAAUAACAAUGGGAGGCAAUGCAAAGUCGGACAAGAGGUGCCAUUUGGAGUGUCAUAAGCACUGUCUAGCCACUUCCUUUGUUGCAGAGUGUCUCAAAUGUCUUGGAAUUUGUGGGAGGACUCCACCGGUUGCACUUGGACCCUCGGUUUUAGUCGGAGCCAGAGCACAUAUAACAGUCAAAAAUCAAAUAUGACAUUUUCUGGUAAUGUAUUUGUAUGGCCUAGAAGUUCGUAGAUACUUUCUUAUAUCCAAUGAA